CAUCCAUAUAUGGAGAAAAGGGAGAGUGAACUUCACCUUCACAAGACAUUUGGAUUUUGGUUCCUUCUUCUCCUUUCUUCUCACUGGUCAGAGAGAGCAUUUUGAUUAGAAAUGGCAGGAGCAGCAGUGAAGAGGAUAAAGCUAGGAUCACAAGGGCUGGAGGUAUCAGCACAGGGACUAGGGUGCAUGAGCAUGUCAGCCUUCUAUGGCCCUCCAAAGCCUGAAUCCGAUAUGAUUGCUCUCAUUCACCACGCCAUCAACACCGGCGUCACUUUCUUUGAUACCUCCGACGUCUAUGGACCUCAUACCAAUGAGAUUCUUCUGGGCAAGGCGCUUAAAGGAGAUAUAAGGAAGAAAGUGGAAUUGGCUACCAAAUUUGCCAUCAACUUGAAGGAUGGGAAGAGGGAGAUUAGAGGGGAUCCUGCCUAUGUGAGAGCUGCUUGUGAAGCUAGCUUGAAGCGCCUUGAUGUUGAUUGUAUUGAUCUCUAUUACCAACAUCGCGUUGAUACCUCUGUUCCCAUUGAAGUCACGGUGGGCGAGCUCAAGAAACUAGUUGAAGAGGGUAAAAUAAAGUAUAUAGGUCUGUCUGAGGCUUCUGCCUCAACAAUCAGACGAGCUCAUGCUGUUCACCCGAUAACAGCAGUGCAGCUGGAGUGGUCUUUGUGGUCUAGGGAUGUGGAAGAAGAGAUUGUUCCUACUUGCAGAGAACUUGGCAUUGGCAUUGUUGCAUACAGCCCUCUGGGGCGAGGAUUCUUUUCAUCUGGGCCUAAGCUGGUUGAAACCCUUUCAGAGGGUGACUUUCGCAAGUAUCUACCUAGGUUCCAACCUGAAAAUCUGGAACACAAUAAACACCUUUUCGAGCGGGUUAACGAAAUUGCAGCAAGGAAACAAUGCACUCCAUCACAGCUAGCACUAGCCUGGGUGCAUCACCAAGGAGAUGAUGUAUGUCCCAUUCCUGGAACCACCAAGAUAGAAAAUUUCAACCAGAAUAUUGGAGCUCUGUCUGUGAAACUCACACCAGAAGACAUGGCUGAGCUUGAAUCCAUUGCAUCAGCAAGUGCUGUUAAAGGUGGUAGAUAUGGGAGCGACAUGGGUACAUACAAAGAUUCUGACACUCCACCGCUGUCUUCAUGGAAAGCUGUGUAGAGGCAAGCUCUUCUGCACUUCAUCAUCUUUUGUAUUUCAGGGCUGUCUUUGCAUCUGGAGAGUGCAUAUCUCUAUUAUUAUGGUGUAAUUCGAUUUGGAGAACACAUUCCUGUUUUGGCUUCGCUUGUAAUAAAAAUCUAUAUUCCCAUCUUCAA